GAUGUUGUACAACGCCAAGAUAGCUAACUUCCUCAUUUGAUCACCUGCGUCAUCGCAUAGGUGUGACGGUGGGUGGAGUGAACUAUCUUGUCGUCACCAUAAACUCUUUACUUAACGCGGCGGUUCUUGAUUAUGUCGACAAACCGGAGAGGAAGUUGAAUCCGCUGAGUAAAGUAACAAGUAACUAGAUAACUUUAUUAGCGGACUCAUUCAAUGUCAUUCAUCCCCAGACAUCAUCAUCCACCAACCACUCCUGUUCGGUCGCGCUACGUCAAACCGUGGUCGUCCAUCUUGUUGCCGAUUAAAAUGAAACGACUGCAUCAAUCAAAACUCAGCCUUUGGAAAAGAAAAGAGCCAGCACAAGAUGAGGAGUCUGAGCCUAAAAGAAGGAGAGAAGAUGAUGGAGAUGAGGCUCGCAGAGGCUCGUGUUGAAGCGAGGGUCUCCUCUGCUUCUCUGCUGCUCGUCUGGCUCUGUCUGCUCUGUGAAAGGAUCCACUGAUGAUGAGUUUCACAGGGACAUGGAGCAGCUGCCUCCUCCUCUUCCACAGAGCUCAGAUGGGUGCAGCUUGUGUUCAGCUCUUGUUGGCUGCCACCCUGUGGAUGGUGCCUCACAUGGGAGCUGCUGCUGCUGUGUUGUCGAGCCCCGCAGAGCUGCUUAACACGACCCAAGCUGGAGCUGACACACAGUCAGACUUCAGGAUGCUCACUGGAGCCACCGGAGUGGCUCGCAGCAGACGUAAGCGAGCCAUUUCAUCCAGAGAGAUCAACGCUCUGCUGGAUUACCACAACAGAGUCCGCUCUCAAGUCUUCCCCCCUGCAGCUAAUAUGGAGUACAUGCUGUGGGAUGAGGGGUUGGCCAAGUCAGCUGACUCCUGGGCUUCACGAUGCGUCUGGGACCACGGUCCAACACACGCCAUGAAAUAUAUGGGCCAAAACCUGUCAGUCACUUCAGGAAGGUACCAGUCCAUCACUGAUCUGAUCAGGUCCUGGUACGAUGAGAGGCACCAUUUCUCCUACCCGAACAGAUGCAGUGGAUCUGUGUGCACUCACUACACUCAGAUGGUGUGGGCGAGCAGCAACAGAGUGGGAUGUGCUGUCAGGAAAUGUUUCAACAUGUACGUGUUUGGGAGCACGUGGAGGGAGGCAACACUGCUGGUCUGCAACUACUCUAUAAAGGGAAACUGGGUGGGAGAAGCUCCCUAUAAGACUGGGAGACCUUGUUCCGUGUGUCCGUCCAGCUACGGCGGCUCCUGCUGGAGAAAUCAGUGCUCACCAAACACAAAGAGACUCUCGAGUUAUUAACACAGCAGU